GAGCCUAGGAUUCCGUCACCUGCGGCAGUACCGGGUCAGACGCUCACUCAGGCAGGAGCACGUGCCGCGUCCUGUACACAGUGACAGCUGAGACGUGUGCCUAGAGGUCUCAGUAGCACCUUCCUCACACCACUCUCCACUACACGAACUGCGAUCUAAACUCUCAAACCACCACAAUGUGUGACGACGACACGUGUGCCCUGGUUGUGGACAAUGGGUCCGGCAUGGUCAAGGCCGGCUUCGCCGGUGACGACGCUCCCCGCGCCGUCUUUCCCUCCAUCGUCGGCCGUCCUCGUCACCAGGGUGUGAUGGUCGGUAUGGGUCAGAAGGACGCCUACGUCGGUGAUGAGGCCCAGAGCAAGAGAGGUAUCCUGACUCUCAAGUACCCCAUCGAGCACGGCAUCAUCACCAACUGGGACGACAUGGAGAAGAUCUGGCAUCACUCCUUCUACAACGAGCUGCGAGUUGCCCCUGAGGAGUCCCCAGUCCUCCUGACGGAGGCUCCCCUCAACCCCAAGGCCAACCGUGAGAAGAUGACGCAGAUCAUGUUCGAGACAUUCAGUACACCUGCUAUGUACGUGGCCAUUCAGGCCGUGCUGUCCCUGUACGCCUCUGGUCGUACCACAGGUAUCGUGCUGGACUCCGGUGAUGGAGUGUCCCACACUGUCCCCAUCUACGAGGGUUAUGCUCUUCCACACGCUAUCCUUCGUCUUGACCUGGCUGGCCGGGACUUGACUGCCUAUUUGAUGAAGAUCAUGACAGAGAGAGGCUACUCCUUCACCACCACAGCUGAGCGAGAAAUUGUUCGAGAUAUCAAAGAAAAACUUUGUUAUGUUGCCUUAGAUUUCGAAAGCGAAAUGAACGUCGCUGCUGCUUCAUCUUCGCUGGAAAAGUCCUACGAGCUUCCUGAUGGUCAGGUCAUCACCAUUGGUAAUGAACGUUUCCGUGCUCCUGAGUCGCUUUUCCAACCUUCCUUCCUGGGUAUGGAAUCUGUUGGUAUCCAUGAGACUGUCUUCAAUUCCAUCAUGAGGUGCGACAUUGAUAUCAGGAAAGAUCUGUUCGCCAACAAUGUUUUGUCUGGUGGUACUACCAUGUACCCUGGUAUUGCUGACCGCAUGCAGAAGGAAAUCACAGCUCUGGCUCCCUCCACUAUCAAGAUUAAGAUCAUUGCUCCUCCCGAGCGUAAGUACUCCGUCUGGAUCGGUGGCUCCAUUCUUUCAUCUCUGUCCACCUUCCAGGCCAUGUGGAUCACCAAGGAGGAGUACGAUGAAUCUGGUCCUGGAAUCGUCCACCGCAAGUGCUUCUAACCAAGCCUAUCCUAGUUUACUUUGGCAAUAUAAAAUACUCAACAAUUUCCAUGUAUUCUUUCAUAGUUUUAACACAUAAUAAUGUUAUUUUCAUAAAUUAGAUAUGAUAUAUUUUGUAUAACGUGUGGAAAACCAAUGUAAGAUUUAAAUUAAAAUUGUUUGAGUUACAAAGAAUA